UUUGGAAACAAUUAUGUACAUUUCUGACUUGGCAUGGAUUUUUGUUCAGAGGUCAAUGCAAACAGUGGUGGAGAAUGCCAUGAAGAAGUAUUUAAGGACAAAACCUAAGCCUUCACAAGAAAGUGUGAGGAGGAGUAAGAAAGUCUCAGACAUCCAGAGUCAACUUUUGCCUCAACCUCUCUUUGCCAGUCAUAUCAGAAUUGAUCGCUCUGAACAGGAGCGCCGUAAUCUCCUUCUUGGAAUGAGGGCAUAUAAGCCCAAGUCUACCAUAUUUGAGAUAGGAUUGAAUAGAAGUAGAAGCAAAAUCAGCAACACUCAACCCUUGGUCAUGAUGAGAGAGAAGAGACUCCAGGAUGACAGUCUCAUCUCUAAGUUUCAGUCUCGUCAUAAAUCAUCUGAUGACAAAGAAGAUUUCUUGCAUCAUGCACACCCGGCAACCUCAGAGUUGAAGAAGAAUGAGGAAGGUUUGGUAGAUGGUCAUGAGGAGGAUUUGGAAGAUUGUCAUGAGGAGGAUUUGGAAGAAACAUUUACUGAUAUGAUUAUCUCCAAAAAGCCCAAUACUUUUUUUGUGCCUCGUGUGAAGGCAAAGCGAAGGAAGAAGCCUCAGAGCUUGGAUAAAGAGCACUUCAUCCACUACUCUGCCCCUGACUCUCACAGUGAGCAAGGGUUAGGUGUAGAGAGAACAGUGUUUGAAAGAGAGGCAAAGGCUGCUGUGUUGGAUUUCACCAUGGAUGAUGAUGAGGCCAUGCAGAGGCAAAAAAACUCCUACAAAUGGGAUCGCAAGCGGAAGAAGUUCAUUAAAGGUGGCCAGGAACCAAAGGGGAAGAAAAUCAAGUCAGAAAGUGGGGCUUGGGUUUCUGCUAGCUACAAAGGAGAUCGUUAUGAGAAAUGGAAAAAGCAUCAUAAAGUUGAACAAACUGAGGAGGAUGAUGAUGAUGAGGGAAUGGAGAAUCUGGGGAGAGGAAGAAACAAAGGGAGGAAGACAAGAGCCUUCACUGUCCUUGGACAAGGAGGGAGAGGAGGCCAUUUGAGAGGAAGGGGAAGAGGAAGAGUAAGAGGAGAAAGAGGAGUUCAAGGUACAAGGCGGGAGCUCAAGACAAUGGAUGAGAUUGUCAAAGGAAGAAAACUGAAAAAGAAGCGAGAAGUCCUUAUGAGCAGGAGAAAGACUAAGAAGAGACAGCAAAGAAGCAGAUGAUCCAGUCCCUUGCACAUUUGUUUUGUUGAAUAAAAGCAGAACUCAGGCUUCAC